AUGCCGGCCAGUAUCGGGCCGAAGCGCUACCUGGACUUCCGGGGCGAAGGCGCCUGUGCCUGCCUGCCGCCACCGUCGACGCUGCAGCUCGCAAGCAGCGGUUCCAUCGACACUGCAGCCCAGGUGGACAUCGACUAUGGCAGCGCCGCGUCGGAGAGGCCCGGGAGCCUCGCGGGGCCAGUCCGGGUCCAGGGCAGCGGCGACGGGGCGCGAGCGGAGGUGCACCCCAGCAAGGGAGCGCCUGAGAGAGGAGCCGCCGAGCCCGCGCCGACCGCGGCGGCCAUGGCGGCCCCGCCGCCGCCGUGCUGCUCGGGGGGGCCCGUGCGAGCGGUGCGCGACUUCUGCCGCGCGCGCCUGCGGCCAGGCGGCGGCGGCGAGGGCGCGUGGCCGAAGCGGCUGUACCUGGUGAGGCACGGCCAGAGCGACGCGGUGGCGGAUAACGCCCACUACGAGCAGCACUCGCAGGACCCGAUGGACAUGUGGGACGCCCCGCUGACCGCCGUCGGGCGCGAGCAGGCGGCGGCCCUGCGGCCGGCGUUCGAGCGGGCGGGCCGCGUGGACCUCGCGGCCACGUCGCCGCUGACCCGGGCGAUGGAGACGUGCAUGCUGGCGAUGCCGGCGUGCUCUGGGGCGGCCGCGCGGUACCUGGUGGUGCCGGAGGCCGCGGAGCAUCUGGAGGCCUCCUGCGACAUCGGGCGCCCCGGCUCGGAGCUCCGGCGCGCGUUCCCGGAGCUGCCCCUGCAGGACCCACGAGGGUGUGGUGGUACGUCCCGCCGGACUGCAGCCGCGAGGGCCUCACCCCGGAGGGCUCGCGCGCGCUCUUCGCCCACAGGGGCGGCGGGAGCCGCGCGCCGCCUUCGAGCGGCGCGUGGACGCCUUCGCGGCGUGGCUCGCGGGCCGGCCUGA